AUCUCGGAAGAUCUAGGUCGCCAGACUCUCCCGCGCACGCUACCUGGCGUUCAGCGCCUGCUUCUUUCCGCGCGGUCUCUCUUGUCGCCCCUUGCGCCCCUCGGAAGAGUUGCCGCCGGCGCCUCCGCCACCCCGAAAGAAGUCAGAGAAGCCGUGAGGCCGCGAUCACCGCCAUGCCCAAGAAUAAAGGUAAAGGUGGUAAAAAUAGACGCAGAGGUAAAAAUGAGAACGAAUCCGAAAAAAGAGAGUUGGUGUUCAAAGAAGAUGGACAGGAGUAUGCUCAGGUAAUCAAAAUGUUGGGAAAUGGACGAUUAGAAGCAAUGUGUUUUGAUGGUGUAAAGAGGUUAUGUCACAUCAGAGGGAAGUUGAGAAAAAAGGUUUGGAUAAAUACCUCAGACAUUAUAUUGGUUGGUCUCCGAGACUACCAGGAUAACAAAGCCGAUGUAAUUUUAAAAUACAAUGCAGACGAAGCCAGAAGUCUGAAAGCAUAUGGCGAGCUUCCAGAGCAUGCUAAAAUCAAUGAAACUGAUACAUUUGGUCCUGGAGAUGAUGACGAAAUUCAGUUUGAUGACAUUGGAGAUGAUGAUGAAGACAUUGAUGAUAUCUAAAUCGAACUCAACAUUUGACAUUCCAAUUUUUCUGAAGAUUGUCCAACAGUCUGGAUUUUGGCCGUAACCCUUAAAGAAGAUAAAAAUUUCAUUAGCAUGAAUGCAAUUUGUUAAAGCAGACUAAUUUGUUUCUAAGGUAUUUGUGUUUCUUUAAAAACUAAUAAUGCUGAAUUAUCUUAAGUGAAAAGUUAAGCCCCUUUGUUCUUUUGAUGUAAUGGAGCUUAUGGGUAGAAGACCACAUCUGCUAUUUAAAAAAAGGAAAACAUGCAUUGCUGCCUCUCCUACUUUGACCACUUUCAGUAAGUAAAUUGAUGUUUUGAAUAAGCCAUUUGCCUCCGACUCAAUUAUGGAUUAUGAUAAAACCCUAGUUUUGACUAGCCUGUUAACUGUACAGAGUCUUUCUGUAUAUUCCAGUUACAGAUGUUCCCUUCAGAUUUUGGUACAAUUUGAGGGAGGCAGAAAUCUACAUUUGAAGUCAAAAACGAUAGGUCCGUUUUUCAUAUUUAAGUAGCAUGUGGCUAUUUUUAUACUAAUUUUGAUAUCGUGUACAUUCUUUUCAUGAUCUUAUUUUGCCACCAUAAAUGUAUCAAAAAAAAAAAAAAAGUAUUUCCAAAAUGUAGUUUUAGAACUUGGGUUUUAAUAGCAAUUUUGAAUUUGUGAGGUUAAUAGUUGCAGAAAUUGAACACUAGGUGGCACUCAGUUAUCUUAACAUUGGAAAUAUUGAUAUAAUCAUUGACUUUCUUUUUUUUACUUACUGUGCAUAGAACAUUUCCCAGACAAGAAAAGAUUGUUUGAUCAUAUGCAUGUAUGUAGAAUAUUUUUACAACAGAAAGAUUGUGUUAAAAGUGUUAUUUUAUUUUCAGAGGUCAUAUACUUGUAAGCUACAAUUUUGAGUGCUUUGUAAACACUUAAAAUAUAUAUAAAUGAAAAUUUAAUUUCAUAACAACUUGUAUAAAUUAAGCCUUUUCAAUUUAUCUGAGCUGAGGAAAGAGGAGGGAAUAACAACUUAAUGAAAAGAUGGUUUCCAAUUUCUGAAUUGAAGAGCUACAGCUGAGAAAAAGAUGUCAUGCUGUAUGCAGAGUAUAUUAUACUCUGUGCUAAGGAUUUAUUUUAUUAGGUGGACAGAUUUUUUUCUGCUUGUAUUGGGAAUUUAGGUUUACCCUUCCUUAUUUAGUUUUUAGUUAUCAACUCUAAUAAAAUGAAAUUAGGACUGGGCUAGGUAGACUGCACUAGCCACAUGAAAAUUGUAUGCAACUUUUUAAAAGAAGAGAUCCAUCAUGUAGCUUGUGAGACUUUUUUAUUGUACAGAGAACUUUUUAGUGACAAAAAGUAAUACACAGAGGAAUAAACCUUCACAUGGCUUCAUUAAACAAGCAAAUCUUCUCUAAUCCCACUCUUACUAUAAAGUUUCCUUUCCUACUUAUACAAACUCUGGAUUCAAAAUCUGAGGUACUAUAAAACAUUAAGUUGAUAAAUAGAAAUUAAGAGUACAAAAUUGUGGUUCAUGUUUCUUAUUCUGUGAGUUCCUGAACACUUAUCUAGGUGGAAUGCAUGUGAGACUACAGGCUGGUUUUUAAUGCAAGAAACCAGCCUUAAAGAAUUGACAUAGGAGUUUUCUUUAUCGGUAAUCUUAAACCUAUGAUAUUUAGCUAGCCUUCUGUACAUAAAAGUGUUUUGCUAAAUUUACAGUAUAUAUAGAUCCUUCCAUGUCAUUUUACCAAGAAUGUUUGAACUCUGCAUAUGGGAUAUAGUUCCUGGUAGGGAUAGUGCAACUCGAACAUUAGUUUUUCUACUUACCUCCUCUAACAAAUAUGGUUUGUCUGAAGAGUUUUUAAAAAUUACAACUAUGACCCCAAUUCACGUAUUUGCUGGUGAUACAUUUUUUUCUUGCCUAGGUAGUAACAGCCUAAUGUAGUGCUGUUGCUUCCUGGAAAAUCUCAAAUCAUAAUGAUUAAAAUAGUUGGGGUAAAGUUGUAGCUCAUAUGCAACACUACUUGGAGGAAUUCUUUUAGUGACAUAUUUAAUGUGGAAAUUGUAUAGUUUUGUUGAUUUGGUUAUAUUUCAAAUAAGGAAUGGAAGUGGUCUUCAAAAAAAGUUUGGGGUUUUUUUGUUGUUUUUGUUAUACUCUUUGAUUCCUGUAAUACAAUGCUAUGAACCAUGCCCAGAAAGAAAAUAAAAUGUUUGAAAUCCAA